AUGGCCGUCCUAGGGCGCGCCUGCCUACAGCGGGCAGCCGCUGCUGCCAUUCCAUGCGGGCUCCCCCAUGCUGCCAUGGCCGUCCCAGGGCGCGCAUGCCUACAGCGGGCAGUCGCUGCUGCCGUUCCAGGCGGGCCCCCCGCGCUGCCGUGGCCGGGCCAGGGCGCGCCGACCUGCACCGGGCUGCCGCUGCUGCCGUUCCAGGCGGGGCACCCCGGCGAGACCACUCCGGUCGCGGAUCAUCUGUGGCAUCUGCCACCGCCGCCAGCUGUGGCUCCCCUCUGGCAUCUGCAGCCGCCUUUCCCCGCCGCAACCGACACACCCGCCCACCCUCCACAGCCGAUGCUGCAACCACCGGCGCCACCUCUGCCCAGCUCAGGGGCAUCCUCGCCAGCCGGCCUUCCGAUACAUCAGGUCCGGUUCUUGUCCACCAAAAACAAUUUGAAGAUGUGCAAAAACAAUAAGGAGGUCGAAUCAAUUUUACAAGGUCUAAUCAAUAAGAGAAUGCGAGCUAUGAAAGAAGGUGAAAAAUCCGAAAAUGAUCUACUAGGCUUGUUGCUAGAGUCAAAUAUGAAGGACGUGGACGAGAACGGCCAACCUAGCCAAGGAAUGGAAAUGGAAGAUGUUAUCGAGGAGUGCAAGCUAUUUUACUUUGUAGGAAUGGAGACAACGUCAGUACUGCUCACGUGGACAAUGAUUGUACUAAGCAUGCAUCCAGAGUGGCAAGACCUUGCGAGGGAGGAGGUCCUAGGUUUAUUUAGGAAGAACAAACCCGAGUACGAGGGUCUUAGCCGACUCAAAACGGUGACCAUGAUCCUUCACGAGGUUCUUCGGUUCUAUCCAUCGGCUACAAUUCUUAGCCAGAAAACAUAUAAGGAUAUGGAUAUUGGAGGUGUCAGAUACCCCUCGGGCGUGUUCAUCGAGGUGCCAGUUCUAUUCAUCAAUCAUGAUCCAGACAUAUGGGGAAGUGAUGUCAAUGAGUUCAAACCAGACCGAUUUUCCCAGGGGAUUUCCAAGGCAUCCAAGCAUCCGGGCGCCUUCUUGUCAUUUGGUUUUGGGCCACAAGUGUGCAUCGGCCAGAACUUUGCAAUGCUCGAAGCCAAGAUGGCCCUAAGCAUGAUCCUUCAGCAUUUUGAGUUUGAGCUGGCACCUUCAUAUACGCAUGCACCGCACACCGUGAUGACAUUGCAACCGAUGCAUGGCACGCAAAUUAAUCUCAAAGCUAUCUGA